AUGAGCUCCAAAAAGUAUGCCUUCCUCCCGAUGGAAGACGACGAGGUCGGCCCUCAAAAAGUCGCCAAGGAGAAAAAGCACAAGCAUCGGUCGCGCGACCGCGACCGAGAACGAGACGACAAAUCCUCGCGUUCCUCAAGACCGAGGCGCGACCGCUCGCGCUCGAGAUCCCCGCGCUCAUCCUCUCAUCGCCACGACAGCGGCCGCUCCAAGACGUACCGACGGCGCGAUGCGGAAGCAGACUUUGACGACCGCUGGGGUGACGAGGAGCCGCCAUCGGACGAGCCCGAUGCCCAGGACGACGGCGCUCCCGAGUUUGAGGAGUCGGCCAGCAAGAGAGUCAAGCUGAGCCACGACGAGCCCCGGGAAGAGGACCUCUCUGAUGGCGCCAAGGAGGAACUCGCACGCCAGAAAGACAUCGAAGAGCGAGAGGCGUUUGCCAAGCGGCUGAGAGAAAAGGAUGAGGGGCGGUCCAAGAAGAACCAGCGCGACGGUGAAUCCUCGUCAAGGCAGCGGCUGGCCGACGACGCCAAAGCUAGGGACGCGGCGCUACCCGACCUUCGAGAGCGAUCACGGCAAGAAUACCUCAAGAAGCGCGAGACGGAGCGCCUGGCCCUGUUGCGGAAGCAGGUCGCCGAGGAGACGGCCGAGCUGCGCAGCGGCGUGCGCCUCUCCGACAAGGAAAAGGCAGAGUUUGCCAAGAACCGCGAGAUCCUGCGGCUGGCCGAGGAGCGGCUCAAGAUCGACGACCACCGAGACGGCUACAUGAUGCCCGAAGACUACAUCACGGAAAAGGGAAAGCUGGAUCGCAAGAAAAAGGAAGAGGCCAUGUACAAGCGGUACGUCGACCGCGACGAGUAUGGCCAGGAAAAGUUCGUCACGGAGCACGAGGAGUGGGAGCGCGAGCAGACGGCCAAGGCCAAGGCGCAGGUCAAGAUUGCUGAGAGGGUCAACGAAACCUACGACUACGUCCUGGACGACGCGCAGUACAUCCAAUGGAACCUCGACUCUAAGAUGGCCGGAGAGGGCAAGAACCUGGCCAAGACCAAGGAGCAAAUGUUCCUGGACGCGCAGAUCGAGGCCGCCGAGAAGAAGGCGCUGUCGAUCCAGGAGACGCGCAAAAGUCUGCCCAUCUACCAGUACCGUGAUCAGUUCCUGGAGGCACUGGAGCAGUACCAGAUCUUGGUUAUCGUCGGUGAGACUGGUAGCGGCAAGACGACUCAGCUGCCGCAGUACCUGCACGAGGCCGGAUAUACCAAGAACGGGUUAAAAGUCGGCUGCACGCAGCCCCGCCGAGUCGCUGCCAUGAGCGUGGCCGCUCGCGUGGCCGACGAGGUGGGUGUCAAGGUGGGAAGCGAGGUCGGCUACUCGAUUCGUUUCGAGGACAACACGAGCGACAAGACGAUUCUCAAGUACAUGACGGACGGUAUGCUGCUCCGAGAGUUUAUGACGGAGCCGGAUCUCGCGGGAUACUCGGCGCUCAUGAUUGACGAGGCCCACGAGCGGACAGUCCACACGGACAUUCUGCUGGCUCUCGUCAAGGAUCUCGCACGGGAGAGGCCGGAUCUCAAGCUACUCAUCUCGUCUGCGACCAUGAACGCCACCAAGUUCUCGGAGUAUUUUGACGACGCCCCCAUCUUCAACAUCCCCGGCCGACGCUACCCUGUCGACAUCUACUAUACCCCCGCACCAGAGGCCAACUACCUGGCGGCUGCCAUCACGACCACCUUCCAGAUCCACACCACGCAGGGCAAGGGCGAUAUCCUUAUCUUCCUCACUGGUCAAGACGAGAUCGAGGCGGCGGAGCUCGAGAUCUCCGAGACGGCAAGGAAGCUGGGCGGCCGCAUCAAGGAGCUCGUCAUCUGUCCCAUCUACGCCAACCUCCCGUCCGAAUUGCAAGCAAAGAUCUUUGAGCCGACGCCCGAGGGCGCCCGCAAGGUCGUCCUCGCCACCAACAUUGCCGAGACCAGUUUGACAAUCGAUGGUAUCGUCUAUGUCAUCGACCCUGGUUACGUCAAGGAGAACAUCUACAACCCCGCGACGGGCAUGUCCAACCUCGUCGCCGUGCCUUGCUCGCGCGCCUCGGCCAACCAGCGCAGCGGUCGUGCUGGACGUGUCGGUCCCGGCAAGUGCUUCCGCCUGUACACCAAAUUUGCGUACAUGAACGAGAUGGACGAGUCUACAACUCCAGAAAUCCAACGGACCAACCUGAACGGCGUGGUGCUGCAGCUCAAGUCGCUCGGCAUCAACGAGCUGCUCGACUUUGAGUUCAUGGACCCGCCGCCUACGGAGGCACUCAUCGGCGCGCUAAACCAGCUCUUCGCGCUGCAGGCGCUGAACCAUAAGGGCGAGAUGACCAAGCUCGGCCGCCAGAUGGCCGAAUUUCCGACGGACCCGAUGCUGGCCAAGGCGGUGCUGGCGGCGGACAAGGAAGGGUGCGUGGACGAGGUGCUGUCCAUCGUGUCGAUGCUGGGCGAGGCGUCGGCGCUCUUCUUCCGGCCCAAGGACAAGAAAAUUCACGCCGACAGCGCGCGCAACCGAUUCACGAUCAAGGACGGCGGUGACCACGUCACCCUGCUUAACGUCUGGAACCAGUGGGUCGACAGCGACUUCUCGCCCGUGUGGGCGCGCGAGAACUUCCUGCAGCAGCGGUCUCUGACGCGGGCCCGCGACGUGCGCGACCAGCUGGCCAAGCUCUGCGAGCGCGUCGAGGUGGCGCCGUCGAGCUGCGGCGCGUCCAACCUGCGGCCCAUCAAGCGCGCCAUCACGGCGGGCUUCUUCCCCAACGCGGCGCGGCUGCAGAAGAGCGGCGACGGGUACCGGACCGUCAAGAACAAUACGAGCGUGUGGAUCCACCCGAGCAGCGUGCUCAUGUCGGUCGACCCGCCCGAGAAGAUGGUGGUGUACUUUGAGCUGGUGCAGACGACCAAGGAGUACAUGCGCAGCGUGAUGCCCAUUGAGGCGCGCUGGCUGGCGGAGCUGGCGCCGCACUUCCACAAGCAAAAGGAUAUCGAGGCCAUGGAGGAGAAGAAGAUGCCCAAGUAG